ACAAUGACAUGACUUUGCCAAUGUCAACAGUGCCAUAUACCAUCGAAUUUUUACAUUUUAUAAAAGCAACUUUUAUCAAUUAACAAAAUGGGCUUCGAUUACUACGGGAUACUGGGCGUCAAGCGCAACUGCGCUCAAAUCGAAGUGAAGAAGGCGUACCGUCGUCUCGCGCUCAAAUACAACCCGGAGCGCCACGACAAUGACGAAAACAUGAAGAGGAUAUUCGCCCUCAUCGGAGAGGCUUAUGAAGUCCUGGUAGACCAUCAAAGACGAGCUGUCUACGACCAAUACGGAGAGGAAGGCCUCAAACGUGGGGUCCCUGGACCCAAGGAGUACAUACAACCUUACGCUUACCAUCAGGAACCAUUAAGGACCUUCCACGAAUUCUUUGGCACCGCUAACCCUUAUGCCGACUUGCUGGAUUAUUACGAAAACCCACCACCCAUGUUCGAUUCGCCUUUAGGCAAAGGGUACAAAGAGAAAGACCCGACAAUAGUGCGUCCGCUCGCCUUGUCUCUCGAAGAAAUUUACAGAGGCGGUUUGAAGAAGAUGAAGAUCCAACGAUUGGUUUUUACUGACGAGACUUGUUCGGAGCUAAAACUGAGAGAGAAGGUACUCUCUAUACCGAUCAAGCCGGGAAUGUAUCCCAACACAGAGAUUAAGUUCAAAGAGGAAGGCGACCAGGGCCCUACUAGGAUUCCUGCCGACGUUAUAUUCAUAACAGAGGAUCGACCGCAUGAGACUUAUGUGAGAUCAGGUCUGAGCGAUCUAUUGUAUGUGCACAAAGUAACAUUAGAGGAGGCACUGUGCGGUCUAAUGAUAGUGUUGAAGACUUUGGACGAUAGGACCCUUAGAAUCAAAAUAGAUGAAGUUAUUCACCCAACAUAUGAGAAGGUGAUCGAAGAGGAAGGCUUCCCAGUACCGCAGUGUCCUUGGAAAGCGCGGGGCAAUUUGAUCAUCAGAUUUACUGUGACGUUCCCUGAAUACUUGUCAACGAAAACUAAGACUGCCUUCGAAGAAGCGUUUAGAGUGAAGGACGAGGAAGAUGAAAGAUUCGAGAAAUUACCGUGCGGUACUAUAUCUGUGUCUUCUGUUAUUUAAUUUUAAUAUUGGUCUAUAUAUACAAUUUGAAUUUGAAAAAGCAAAAAUUUAACAGUUACAAAAUAAAGAACUAAUACAAUUUAAAAAUGAGUGAAUGUAC